GUACUCUGUUACUAAUACAACAAUAUUAAAAAUGUUCUCUCGUUUGGUAGCUCUUUGCGCUGUUGUAGCGGUGUCGUCAGCUGGUCUCCUGCCAGCAGCCGUACACUACUCCCCAGCCUCCGCCGUCUCUUCUCAGAGCAUCGUACGUCAUGACCAGCCUCAAGCACAUGUCGCUAAAUUAGCCGUCGUAGCUCCAGUUGCCUACCACGCUGCCCCUGCCCCCGUCGUCUACCACGCUGCCCCUGCCCCAGUCGCCUACCACGCUGCCCCUGCCCCAGUCUCCUACCACGCUGCCCCCGUCGCUAAACUUGUAGCUCAACCCGAAGAAAUCGCCUACCCCAAAUACGAGUACUCUUACUCCGUUGCUGACGGACACAGUGGAGACAACAAACAACAGCAGGAGUCCCGCGACGGUGAUGUUGUGAAGGGAUCCUACUCAUUCCAUGAAGCUGACGGCUCCAUCAGGUCUGUGGAAUACAGCGCUGACGACAAGAACGGUUUCAACGCGGUUGUACACAACUCCGCUCCCACCGCCGCGCCCGCCCUCAUCAAGGCUGCCCCACUUGUACUCAAGGCUCCCGUCUACGCUGCCCCUGCACCCCACUACUACCAUCACUACAAAAGAAACUACAUCAUUCAGUACUCUGUUGCUAAUACAACAAUAUUAAAAAUGUUCUCUCGUUUGGUAGCUCUUUGCGCUGUUGUGGCGGUGUCGUCAGCUGGUCUACUGCCAGCAGCCGUACACUACUCCCCAGCCUCCGCCGUCUCUUCUCAGAGCAUCUUACGUCAUGACCAGCCUCAAGCACAUUUCGCCAAAUUAGCCGUUGCAGCUCCAGUUGCCUACCACGCUGCCCCUGCUCCAGUCGCCUACCACGCUGCCCCUGCCCCCGUCGUCUACCACGCUGCCCCUGCCCCAGUCGCCUACCACUCUGCCCCUGCCCCAGUCUCCUACCAUGCUGCCCCCGUCGCUAAACUUGUAGCUCAACCCGAAGAAAUUGCCUACCCCAAAUACGAGUACUCUUACUCCGUUGCUGACGGACACAGCGGAGACAACAAACAACAGCAGGAGUCCCGCGACGGUGAUGUUGUAAAGGGAUCCUACUCAUUCCAUGAAGCUGACGGCUCCAUCAGGUCUGUGGAAUACAGCUCUGACGACAAGAACGGUUUCAACGCAGUAGUACACAACUCCGCUCCCACAGCCGCGCCCGCCCUCAUCAAGGCUGCCCCACUUGUACUCAAGGCUCCCGUCUACGCUGCCCCUGUACCCCACUACUUCCAUCACUAAAUACAUAUAUUAGUAAUAUUAAUAUUACUAAAAUACGUAUAUACGUAUUUACUGUGUGUAUAAUUAAUUAUUUAUGGAUAAUAGCAAUAAAUAUUAAUGAAGUA